GUACGAUUUUAUCAUAUUACUUGUUUUCAUACAUGGAUGUCUGUCCAAAGAAUGGAGUGCAAGGGACACGGUGAACUUAAAUGAAUUCAUAGCGACGACCAUGGCAUGCAGGAAUGUGCCGGGGAUGUUCCUUGCUAUUGUAAAGGAUGACAAGGUUGUAUUGAGCGAAGGCUAUGGCUUUAAAAAUGUGGACACAAACGAAGCAUUUACUUCGCAGACACCCAUGUCGAUACAAAGCACGUCUAAAUUUAUGUUUACGAUUCUCGUCGCCAGAAUGUUGACAAAAUAUCCAAAAUAUACAUUUGACACUACAGUGAAAGAGCUUCUGGGUGAUCAUUUGGAACUCUCCGACAAGAUAGCAGAGGAAAUGUUAACAAUAAGGGAUUGUGUAUCGAUGGCUCAUGGGCUGAGAUUUCCAACAACUACUUUAAUAGAGAAUUGGUAUGCAACGACGAAGUAUGACCGUAUAAGAAAUACAAAACACUAUCCGGUUGUUGACGAACUAAGGCGAGGAUUUCAUUACUCAAGCGAUGGAUUUCUAUUUCUUGAUAAAGCAUUUGAGAUAUUAGAGAAUAAAACGAUUGAACAAAUAUUACGAGAUGAAUUAUUUGAGCCACUGGGCAUGGUUCACUCUAAUACGAUCGGCGAGGCGCGAGAUGAUGAAAGCUAUGCUACUGGGUAUCAACCUGGUCCUAAUGGGACAUUGUUAAAAACUACCAGGAACUUUAUCAGUCGUAGUGGUUCGAAUGUUGGUGGGUUCGGAUUGGCCAGCACCGCUGAUGAUCUCGCUAAAUAUUUAAGAUUUGUCUUGAGAGAGGGCAAAUUAGAAGAUGGAACGCAACAUGUGAACCCAGAUCUGAUAAAAGAGGUGCUAUCACCACAAAUAUUUUACCCUUUACCAUACAAUGGAGUCGCCGAUGGUUAUUCUUUGAGACCUGACUUCCCAACUACAAGCCAGACACUAUCAUAUGGUAUGGCCUCGUGGCAUCGCUACUAUCGAGGCUUUCAACUGGUCCAGCAUACCGGAAGCCAUGGUGGAUGUGACACAUUGAUGACGUAUGUUCCUGAUUUAAAAAUCGGUAUAUACACUGGUUUGAAUGGUCCGUAUACAGACGUCUCGUGGGUAGCAGAAACAGUAAUUCAAGAAUACAUUCUUGACGUAUUGCUCGAAUUACCAAACUAUCUGAACGACACAACUGCUUGUACAUUUCCCGCACCGUGGGGUGAACCAGUUGGGCUACCAUCAUAUCAAGCUAUCCCAGAGGACGUGGCCCCGGCUCUACCACUUGAUAAAUACACCGGCGUUUUUGGGAAGGAAGGAUUCGGAUGUGUGUCCAUGACUCUAAAUAGAACAGAAGAUGAUGUCGAAGUCCUCCAGUUUGCUAUUGGGUGGGGUAGAAUGUUUGCCUAUCCUAAAGAAGGAAGGGCGCAUCAGUUUUGGCUUAAGGGCGUUGACGAUAUGUUCCACUACUGGUAUAUUGGGGGUUAUUCUGCUGCGUUUAUAGAAUCAGAUGGAUUGAUUACCGAGAUGAUUGUUUCAGGAUCAACUUUGAAAAGAAUGCCUGAUGACAAUAAGCAGUUAUGUUCAUUUUAUCUAACUGGUCUGAAUAGCACGGAAAAUGAAAAAUGAAUGACAUUUGUUCUGAGGUUUUAGUGUGCCAGUGAUAUACAAGUGUAAUUCCAAAUAAAUAAAUUAAAAACGGUUCCAAUAUACCAUCUUGCAUGUGUGAGUCUCAAAUCUGACAGACUUAUCGAGUGUCUCUUGUUAACAGAUGUUCAAUGAUCCAUUACCCUUUGCAUUCGUUUGACUUCACUUCUUAAAAGAGAGCUUCGUCUUUGUAGUUUAACUAGACUCUGC